AUGAUAUCACUGACAAACAACCGAGGCCCUAUACUCAACGUUGCUAUGUGGGUCAUGCUUGUACCAACAGCAAUGAUGGUGAUGGUCAAAAUAUAUACCAAAUUUCACACUGUGAAGACAAUCAAGGCAGAUGAUGUUUUCAUCAAUAUGGCUUUUGUAUGUUACUGUAGCCGCUCUGGAAUAUCGCAUGAAAUCCUGAGUAAUUUACCUCUCACAAGCUAAUGCGUGUUUAGCUCACUGCAAUUGCGCAGUCAAUUGCUAUAACUCAGGAGGUCAAGUUUGGCCUCGGACAAAAAAGGAAUGUAGUGGAUAGCGGAAAUUUGAACAAACUUCUGAUAGUGAGUGUGCUUCCUUUUUCUAUCCCAGUGAAAAACUUCUUGAAUGUAGCCUCGUCUCGCUUAAUUAUCGGGAUACUCAAACAUUGCUAACUUACUGUUCAGGCCCAGUAUAUGUCCAAUGUGUUCUAUGCUAUAAGUAUUUAUACAGCGAAAAUCUCUACAGCCUUCUUUUUCAAAACUCUCUGCAAAGAUAAUACUUCAAGAAAGGUUGUUAAAAGCACAAUAUGGGCGUUAGCAAUCUGGCUCUUAGUUAGUGUAGUCACACUCCUCGCUCAAUGCCAUCUCCCCCGUCCUUGGGAUAGUUUUGGUAAAACGUGUAUCAACUUGGUACGUAAUUUCCAUAUCAUCCUUCCUGUGCUGGAAAAACUUCCCCUGUCAUUUUGAACAACACCUGGUGUUUGUGCUGAUUUUGAGUCCAGAAAGCAUUUUGGACUGUUAGCCUGGCUGUGGAUGUUACCACACAGGUCAUCCUAGCGUUUUUACCAACAUACCUCCUAAGUGGACUCCAAAUUUCCAACAAAUCGAAUAAAUGGCUUGUAAUCGCUGUCUUCAUUCCGAACCUGUUGUAAGUUCUGACAAUCCCUACACUAAACAAAUCUUGGAGAAGCUAAAUAAUCACGACAGCGUUAUGCCUCUGGCUGUAUUCAGACUACUCUUCCUUUUUCAUGCCAUGAAUAGUGAAGACUUCACAUGGGAAUCUUUCCACUUCGGCAUCUUUACCAGUUUCCAUCCCUUCGUUGCAAUAAUGGUCACCUCUCUUCCAUUCAUCAAGCCCGUCCUGGACAGUCUCAUUCUCCAACCAUACCUAAUCGCAGUCGAAGAACCCCAAUCAAUCAUUCCCGGUUAUUCCAAAGGGGUUUCAUGGGCACAACGCAUGCUCAAUAGUGGCUCAGCUCGGUCUCAAAAGGUUCUUAAGGGCUCCAAUUCUACUGGGGGUCGGAAUGAUAGCUCCUUACACUGGCCAUAUACUCAGCGACAAGAAGAGGACUCGAUAGAUCCCGCUAAUCAGCAGCAAUUCAAAUUGGGAGAUUAUAGGGUGAAGGUGGAGGGAGACAGAAAUAGUACUGGGGACCCAGAGGCGAAUAGAAUCGAGACAGCGGGGAGAAUGGUGAUACGGCAGACGAAAACUGCUACCAUUGAGACCAAAUAG